UUGGGAUAGUAGAAAAACAAAAGUUCGGGUCUUCUUCUCUAUCAUCACCGCGAUAGCAAACGAAAAAAAAUUUCAUUGUACAGUAGGUACCCAAUAUAAACGCGAGAUAAUUACGCGAGAUUAAUAUUGCUUGUUUUGGCGAGUAAAACAACUGCCGGAGCUAUAGGAGAGUUUUCCAUGGUAAAUGAAAGAUGCGAUGGAGGGAGAAAAUGGAGAUCCGUACGAGGAACGUCUCUUAGCUGUUUUUAACAGUUGUCUGGAAAAAGGACAAGGGGAAUUGCGUCUGGAACAUCUUGGCAAGCUGUGCGACAAAUUGCAGCUUGAAGAGAGAAGCGACCUGCUUAUAUCCCUUUUGUCACAAGACAAUAAACCUUUUGUAUCUUUUGCUACAUUCCGGGAUGCCCUUCUGAAACUAUUGGCUCAAACUGAGGGAGGUGUAAUCGACGACUCUACAAGAUGUUGGUCUUCUGCCCAGGCAUCUACGGAGCAUGGAAAUUUAAGGCACUCUCCCAGAAGGUCAAAUGGUGGCGCAACAAAUGGCCACAGCAACGGUCCAGAGACUGGAAGAUUAUCCGGGGUUGGGUAUGCGACGCUUCUAAAAGAGAUGCCCGAGCGAAUGUUUGAAAAAUUGGACACGGAUCGGGAUGGCCUCAUAAACUUCGAAGAGUUUGCUUUACUUUUCGAAAACGACAAAAAUAAUGUUGGAGAACAGCAGAGUCUCGAUUGGAGCGGUGGCUGCUCCUCGGGCGAUAAUGUUGUUUACAUGCUCGGACCACAUCAGACCGGGUACGCGAAAAUCCGAACGAUCGUUGGCAUGUGGGAGGUCGCUGGGGUUUCCGACGCGGCGAUGCUCUUGUCCGAUCUCGGUUUCACCAGUACCGAAAUACGACUAACCGAUCUAAUCACUGUAAUCUGUGAGGAAUUGAAAAAUCUUCGGGAUGAACCCGACAACGCGAUAACCUCAACCCACGCGGGUCUCCUCAAAGGGGCACUAACGCUUUAUCAAGAGGAAGUUCGAUGCAUGAACAACUUGGUGGAACAUCUGAGCGGUGAGCGUCAUAAAUUGCGUAUCGAUGUUGCCGAGGCUAACGAGAGAGCAAAUUUAUUAGCUCAGGAGAUCGACGAGCACCACGUUAGACUCGAAAAGUCCCGACAAGAUCAGUUAAAGCAAUUAGAGUUUCGUCAUGCCGAAAUAACGAGGGAAUUGUCCAUUCGAUGUACGUCGGAGCGAGAAGCUCACAACGCGGCCCUCAAGCUCCUCGAGGGAAAGCUCCAGAAUGCGCAACACGAGGAGCAUAAAUUGCGAGAUAAAUUAGCUGAUGUUCUCCAGGAAAAUCAAACUCUCGAGAACGAGAUUGAGAAACUUUGCGAUCAAGUUACCAAGCUGAAAACAACCAACGGCCAAUUAUUGAUGCAACUACAACAUCUGGCUGCUGAACACGAAGAAAUUGACACGAGCAACGAUGGUCAAGAGAGCGAACAGAUCAUUCAAUUGGUGGAACGAAUAAAACGACUCCAAAGAGAAAUAGCUUUGUUGAGGGAUCAGAACGACGAGCUCAAUACGGAAUUAGAAUUCAUGAAAAAUCGAAGCAUUCCAUUGAAACCACUGAGUGACGAAGUCGAGAUGGAGGAAGAGAAAGAUGCGAAGGCGGAGAAUACGGAAAAAAGUUGGGAACGAGUAACCGGCGAUUGUGUUGAUUUCGCGAAAAAUGCCGGGUUGGACGACAAUAAGUUGUCGGAUCUGAGCAACGACAUUGGUACGAUAGUCCGAGAGCUUAAGGCUCUGCUGAAUUCGAGUGAUCGAUGCACGUCUGAUUAUUGCGCAUUUAGAAGAAAUAUAUCUAGUAUUAUUACAGGAUUAGAAUCGAAUUUACCACGGGUAUCGGAACCAGCUGCGAAUCGCCCGGAUGAAACGAAGCUUUAUCCGGAACCCGAGGUCGAGUGUGAAGAACGGGCGAGUGAGUCGCUUCGCGACUUUGUUGUCAGUCAAACAGAAAAAUCGAAGCUCGCUUCGAAAUCAAUCUCGCACAGUGACGAUUCGAUAAACGUUACCGACAAAGCUUUCAACAAUCUUGAUACGAAGAACGGCUCAAAAGUCAAGACUUCCACUCUGAGGGAUUAUCCGCCAAGAAGGGAGGAAGCAACGAGUUUGGAGGUUCUUAAGACUGACAGGGACAAGAGUAGAGAUUCAUCGUUAAACGGUGGACAAACGCUCAACCCGGAGGAGCAUUCUCGCGAAGGAUUCGAUGACAAUCGCAUCGAGGAACAAGAAACUAAGCACUCAAUUGAGAAGAAACAAUUGGCCGACCGUUGCGCCGAACUCGAACGAAGUUUGGAUCUUUUGAGAAGCGAGUAUGAGCAGUGCGAGGAUUACUGGGCCGCGAAAUUGGAGGAAGAGAGACAGCUCUUUGAACAGGAACAAAAAAUCAGUGACGACAAGUUUUCCGAACUCAUAGCAAAAAUGGCCGAGUACGAAGAACAAUUUAGUCCCGGUGACAAAUCCCGGAACGACGGACGACUGUCACCAAUCGAGGAAAAGUUUCAUCUCGAGCAACAAUAUGCCGAUCUUGAAGACGAGUACGAACGUUUCAAGACACAAACUAGAGAAUUAUUGAUCCAGAAAGACGACGAGAUGAAGGAACUCCAAGAUCGGCUGACGAAGGAUAAAGGUAUAUCUCAGUCACCGACGAGAGAGGUCUCGACCCAGUAUUCCUUGGACGAUACGGAUUUACCCCACAUUCCGCUUACGGAGGAAACUGCCCACGGAUUAACCGUGAAUAAAAAAUUGUUCCGGUACGUUGCUCCUCCUUCCGCUAAAUUGGAUGAAAUUACUGAGAGUCCGGUCACAUCGAGCUCCUUGUACACGAUCCCAUCAGCCAAACUCAAAGAUUGUUACUGUCAGCAAAUUGAAGCAUACAAUUCGAUGGAAGAAUUGUGCCGGAUGCAUAAAGCUGAGCUCCAUCGUUUGUAUCGAAAGAAACUUGAGAUCGACCACGAGUGUAUGACUUUGACCAAACAAAAAGAGACUCUGAUCAGAGGAGUUUCCGAUCUUAAAAAUUUAACGGUCAUGAAACGUCUUGGGCCAAUGGAAGAUGCCCAAGAACCAAAUCGAAUUCUAAGCAUAGAUAUUCUCAAAGCAUUGAACGAUAGGCUGCAGGCGCAGGAGAAAAAACGGCGAAACCUCAAAAUCUCUUUGACCCACCAACAGCAGCAGGCCGAACGAAUUUUGCAGCAAACGUGGCAGCAGCACUGUCAAGAAGUUGAGGCGUUGCGUUUCGCGCUCCAAGGCACCAAGGAUCAACUGAAAAAUCAAGUUUGCAUUAACCAAGAACAGGCCGAGCGAUUGGCAAAAGCCGACCUACUCUCGACGGAUUUGUACGUGCAGAACGCGCAUCUGAUGGCCAGCGUUAAACGCCUCGAACAACACUGUCACAUAUUGGCGCAGUUUGGAGGUGAAUCAACGUCGGUAUGACCUACGCGUAUCUCUACUAUUAUUCCUAUGAUUGCCGUAGUGAUAUAUGAAGAGAAAAAGAAACACAAGCGAAGAGACUGCAGUAGUAAAACGAGUGGAAAUCUCAGGGAUAUGAAUUGUCGUUGAUGCCGAUUACGUAUUUUUAUAAUUCGUUGUCUUAGUCAUAAAACUUUGAUUGCUUAGCAAAUCUGCGAUAAUCGUUACGGCCCAAAAUUUUGUGUGCACAUUCGCCACUACUAAAAACAAAAGUUACAUUUCAAUAGCACGAUAAUGAAAAAGAAACUAACAAUAAUUGGUGCUAAUGCCGCCACUCUGGCAUUGAGAAUUGAUAUCUUUGAUACUCCAGUUACUGAAUUCGUUUGUAGCUUUAAACCACGAUGUGUAUAGCAUAUGUAAUUUAUUAGCUUAGUUCCGUAGAAUAGUAUUACGAAAAGGAUAAAAAAGACAAGAAGUACGGAAUAUACAGUUGUUAGAUAUUUUUCAAAAUAUUAUCUCGGAUCGAAUGAGAUUGAGAAAGGAAGAGCACGCAUUUGCGACUAGAAACGAAUAUGCGAAUGCAUAGUUUCCUUUUUCGUUAGUCAAGUGUACAGUUCAUUUGUUUACUUUUAUGAAACAUUGCUGUCUGACCGCCACUCAUGUGUCUGUAAUUGUAUACAACUGUAACAUAAAAAAGGGUGGGUGAUGGUUAUCGUUACUGGAAUCGUAGUGCCUACAUCGAGAUAAAACACUGAACCAAAGAUACGCAUCAUUUUCUUCCACCGAAUCAUGAAAAGUAUUUUUUUUUUCUUAAACUGUUACAAUGCUAAUAUUUAUUUUUUUUUUCAUAUCAUUUGGCGGUAUCGUUGGUUCACUUCUCGAUAUAACAUAAAUGAAGCAUGUCAUUAUUGCUAGUAAAUUCGACAGCAAUUUGGGCGUUCACACUUGCAAUAGUAGAUAAGAAAAAAUCGAGCCCCCUUGUCCCUAGCGAAACUUGUUAUCGAUGAGCAUUUUUUACGCAAGAAUAGAUCGGCGCAAUCGAGGUUACUAUUAGUCAUUCGCCCCACGUUCAUCUUAUAUACAUAGUUUCUAUGUAUUACCCGAUUACAGUUUUUCCUUACCGAAAAAAUAAUGAAAUAAUCUUCCACUGAAUAGGAUUUGGCGGGUGUCGAUUGCGGUUCGUCAAGCAAAAAACUUGGUUUUGAACCACCCUCACAUAGAUAUGUGGUUCCAAUGUUAUUUGAAUACUCGCUUUAUUCUAUAUUCUUUUGUAUAUACUAUAUAUAUAUCAAUCGUCGAUAAUAUAAAUUUGAAGGGUUGAUAAAAAAUCAUGGAGACUUAUAGGCGUAUAUUCCUAUAUUGUUAUAUAAAAAGGCACUUGGGAGUUGAAAGUGGCGAUUUGGCCACGAUCCUUCCUGCUGUUAAAUAUUUCCGUAAAACACAUACAAAAUAUAUUCGUGUUGUUUGCAAUUUUACGGAUUAUAAAUAAUAAAAAUAAUAAUAAUAAUAUGGUUUUUUAGAA